AUGGCUGGGGACUACGGGGCUCCGUGGGGUCGGCACAGUGCUCAGGUACCCGGAUUCAUCGACUCUACAACACUUACCAGAUCAGGCAGCGGGGAACCCACCCCGCAGCAGGCGCACACGCAAAAUGGCGAUCGGACGUAUUUCGAGGUCGUCUUCGGGGCGCCCCUUGGCGCGAAGGUUCUGCUCGAGCAUGUGCCCGAGCUGCUCGACGCAUAUAAGCACUCGUCGACGAGCGGGAUGGUCCUCACCAACCCGCAUCCACGCAAUCGCAUCCACAGCACUCACUCGCCCAACACAUACGCAUCCUCUUCCUUCUCCCCGCCGUAUACAAUGCACUCCUCCAGCCUCGACACCCGCCACCACCAGUCGUCGCCUACCCAGUCCAAACAGAGUCACAGCUCCAAGAUCAAGCGAUUCUUCCGCCGCCUCGGCCACCACGACGAUGACCAGAACGUCACCUACAUCCGCCGCUCCCACGACAGCAACAGCUGGGAAAGCUUGCCAAGAAGCGAGACCACCAGCGAGGCCGAGAUCUUCGACGAGGCCGAGAUCUUCGACGAGGCGAGAUCCGACGAGGCCGACAGCGCCUGGGGACGCACGUCGACGUCGACGCGCCCCGAGCGUAUCCGCCGCCACCAGGUGUCGCCCCCGCCGCAGUGGUACGAUGGCGCCGCUGAGCUCCUCGACGACGACAACUUGGCGUGGGGCGUCAAGCCGCACCACCACAUCAUCCACAGUCGCCGCCCUCAUCGGCAUUAG